AUGUACUGUAAGUGCCUUUGUGACUUGUCGAAGUGUAAGAGUUAUGCCUGGAUUCGUUUCUGUGCCUUUGCCGAUAAGAAAAAGAUGUCAGAUUUUCUGGAAUUGAAGAUGAAGGUGAUUGUGAGCCACUAUGCAGGUGCUAAGAACCAAAUCCAGGCUGCUUGCAAGAGCAACAAACAAGAGACCACAGGCAACCAACCAAAAGAAGAAUUGAAGGAGAACCAACCACACAGGACUGUCGGCAUGACUCAGCAGACACUUUCCACUAAGCCUAAUGACGCUGCUCUGGGCAGCAGCAACCUCGGCAGCCCCGGAGAUGGGAAGAGAGCGCGCGGGGCGCUGCAGCUCUGGAGUCGCAGAUCUUUCCUCUUCGGGUGUCCUGAGCCCCCGCCGCCGCUCUUGCCUCCUGGCUACCCUCCGACUCCGGCUACGCUACUAGGACAGCGCCGCCACCACCGCCAGCCCUCGUCCCGCCUGCGCCGCGCUGCCCUCACGCGCCCUGGAUGGAGCUUUCCCUCGCUGGGAUCGACUGGCCUGGUGCCCUACAAUCAUAUCCACUUCCCUCUGGCCACUUAUGCCCCUGUCAUCUCUGCUGAGAAAGCCUAUCAUGAGCAACUAAAAGUAGCAGAGCUCACCAAUGCCUGCUUUGAGCCAGCCAACCAGAUGGUGAAAUGUGACCCUCGUCAUGGUAAAUACAUGGCUUGCUGCCUGCUGUAUCGCGGUGAUGUGGUCCUCAAAGAUGUCAAUGCUGCCAUUGCCACCCUCAAGACCAAGCAUACCAUCCACUUUGUGGACUGGUGCCCCACUGGCUUCAAGGUUGUCAUUAUUUACCAGCCUCCCACUGUGGUACCUGGUGGUGACCUGGCCAAGGUCCAGAGAGCUGUGUGCAUGCUGAGCAGCACCACAGACACUGCUGAGGCCUGGACUCGCCUAGAUCACAAGCUUGAUCUGAUGUAUGCCAAGCGUGCCUUUGUGCACCUGUAUGUAGGUGAAAGCAUUGGGGAGGGGGAGUUUUCUGAGGCCCGUGAGGACAUGGCUGCCCUAGAGAAGGAUAAUGAGGAGAUUGGCGCAGAUAGUGCUGAAGGAGACGAUGAGGGUAAAGAAUAUUAAUUCAUGUGCAGCAACUUUACACUGUUGUGGUCUCAUCUUUGUCUUUGUGUGCACUUUAACUGUCCUAAACUGUCAAUAAAGGUAUUUA